AUGGAGCAAGAGAUCGUAGCCGAACACAAUGCUAUGGAAGUGGACGUGGAUAUGGAAAACCUAGCAGAGGCGAUAACCCAAGAAGAGCGAAAAGCACCUGUUCCCCAACGAGGAGACACAGGCUCGUCCUUUAAAUCGACGGGUACCACCGAUACGAGCGUAUCACAUUUUUCACCACGAACUGUAGCAUCAGAGGACGACGAGGAUGACGCAGACAACAUUCAGAGAUUGGCACCAACAAAGCCAGAGCGCAUGGAUAAAUAUUUUCUGGUCCAGGGAAAGAAACUAUUGGAAUUGUUUCGGCUUUCUCGCUGUGGAUGCCCAAACGAUGAUGAACCAGGAACAGUCCAGUUGGAAGAAGAAGGGUCGGCGCCAAUCAUAACCUACCUGACUAAGGGAGACAGAUUGCGGAAAAGAAGAUGGAGCGGCCAAGAAAAAAUAGGUUCUCGUCCAAACGAUAAGAGACUGACCGGGAACGCCAAGAUAUGCGUCGCAGCAGCCACAACAGGACUGCGUAUAACCGUAAUCAUGCUGGAGAUUUCUGAGUUCUGGAUGAGCCUUCUUUUUCUUCAGAGGUUGCUGAAAUGGGCCGAGGAAACGAACGUCGCACUGCCAUCUAGAAGCGCGUUCUAUGAUGUCUUCAAAGCGCUGAGGCCAUCAAUAGCGCAGGUGUAUGAGAGACACCAAAAUGAUGUUAUUCAAAUCAUACGCAACGCGUACGAGGUAAUCAUGACCAGUGGCGAAGCAGAGAGAGAAGAACAACUUCAUGGGUGGGAUAUAGCAGUCGAUGGAGCCUUCGACUCCCGGGGUUUCAGUGCUGAUUUUUGUAAGGUUUUAGCUGUAGACCUUAAAACAAAUCUGUGUAUAUAUACCGAGCUGGUGCACAGAUCAGAAACAGCCGGUGUUAGUGGAAGAAUGGAGAAGGAAGGCUUCCAUCGACUGCUCCGCUGGUUCAGGUCCAGGAGUAUAGAGAUCAAUUCGAUCUCAACAGACCGUUCCACGGUCUAUGGAACCGAAAUUCGGCAAUUCAAUGCCGAAUUUAACACGGAUAUCAAGUGGUUUCUCGAUCCGUGGCAUCUGGCCCGCAAUCUAUAUAAGAAACUUCGGACGGCAGCGAAAAGGACAGGGUGUGAAGACUUGCGCCAAUGGAUUGACCCCCUCAAGGCGCACCUCUAUGAUGCUGUGCGCAAGGGCGCGGCUGCCAAAAACGGGGACCUUAUAAGGCAGACGUUCAACAGCUGCCUCUUCCACGUAGCUGACAUCCACGAAUGGGUGGAGGAUGCUACAACUGGUCCUGUAACGAAAUGCGGGCACAAACCUCUGACUGGUCAAAGGGACAAACCAGCGCUGCCAACUGGAAGCAUACCGCAUGACACACUGAAGGCCAUCGUUUUGAAUCCAGUGUUUCAAAAGGACUUGACAAUGACGAGCCACUUGGGGGGGACGCGUCAGUGUGAAGCGAAAAACUCGCUGGACCGUCUUUAUUGUCCCAAAGAACUGUUCCUGCCGGCCUCCACGUAUAAUUUUUAUGUAAAGUUGUCUACUUUACAUAAAAAUGCACUGACACUGGCUGAGAUGCGAGGAGAACGCACAGUCAAGCGGGAAUUCGACGUCACGAGGAAAUUCAACGAUCGCGAAAGUCAUAUGGUUGAGAAAACAGCAAUAGAACACGUCUGGCGUCGCGAAAUCUACGUGCAUUAUACGACUAACAACUACCCGCAGCCAGAGACCGAGGAAGCAUUGAACGAAAGAUGA